AGGUUGAAGUCCAGUUUUUAUGAGAGCGGCGAGAAAGCUGGUAAACUGUUGGCCUCACAAUUGAAGAGAAAGGAUGCUAGUCUCUUAAUCCCAGCCAUCAAUAAUGACAGAGGGGAGGUGGUAGCAGACAAUACAGAAAUUAAUGGCAUAUUUAAGAAUUUCUAUGACAAUUUAUACAGAUCAGAAAUGCCUGUUGAUAAGGAUAGGUAUGCAGAAUUUUUUUCAAAUAUAGAGAUCCCUGUUGUGUCUCAAACACAAGUAGAUAUGAUGGAUGCACCUAUAGAUGAAUCAGAGGUUAGAGCCGCAAUUCUGUCAAUGAAAUCUGGAAAGUCACCUGGUCUUGAUGGCUCUCCAGCUGAAUAUUAUAAGAUCAACAUUGACUUGCUGGCACCCAUUUUAACAAAGGUUUACACAGAAGCAUUGGAGGAGGGGCUACUCCCUCCUACUUUCAAUGAUGCAGUAAUAACUAUACUACUCAAAAAAGAUAAGGACCCAAAUGAACCAAGUAGUUAUAGGCCAAUUAGCUUGGAGAACGUGGAUUGUAAAAUUUUGUCUAAGAUACUGGCAAUGAGACUGGAGAAAGUCUUACCAAGAGUCAUCAAUGAGGACCAGGUUGGAUUCAUUAAAGGUAGAUCUUCUGCAGACAACCUUAGGCGCCUAUUGCAUAUUAUGUGGUUAAACUGUGAGAAAAAUUUGCCUGUUGCUGCUUUUUCUCUUGACGCAAUGAAGGAAUUUGAUAUAGUAGAGUGGGGAUAUUUAAUACAUACACUAGAGGCCUUUGGCUUUGGGAAAGGAUUUAUCAAAUGGGUAAAGGUUUUGUAUUCAGCACCGCGGGCAGCUGUUCUUACAAAUGGCAUCAUGUCCCCUUUCUUUAAUUUAGGAAGAGGCACAAGGCAGGGGGACCCAUUAUCCCCACUAUUAGUUUCUUGAAGCUCCCUAAGAUGAUGCAGUCAUCCUCUGUUUUUUUAUAAAAUGGCUGCUAAUGCUCUUUAUGGUAAAAGUGAGAAUCUGAGGUUAUUAUGGCAGAAGGACUUAGGUCUUGAGUUGGAAGAAGAGGUUUGGGAUAAUAUUGUGCAUAACAUGGGUUGGCCAGUGAGAGAUAUUAAGACAAAAUUUAUACAUUACAAAAUAAAUCAUAAAUACUACUCGACACCUGUUAGACUUAAGAAACUUGGUUUAAUUAAAAGCGACAAAUGCUGGAAAUGUAAGAACUAUGUGGGUACUUUUCUACAUCUCAUGUGGGACUGUCCACUGAUCUCCCCUUUUUGGGCUCAAGUGAUUGGAGCUAUGGAGGAGUGGCUGGAGCAGCCCUUGCCAAGUUCACCUAGGCUAUGCCUGCUUGGUGAUCAAACAGUGCUAACAACUGGACUCACAAAGGCACAGUUUGGGCUAGGCUUCCUUAAUGCAGCUAAGGUUAUUCUAAGGAAAUGGAAAAGUAUAAAUACACCUUCUUACAAGGACUGGAUUGAGCUCAUGGCAAGUACUGCCUCUUACGAACUAAUGCUUGCUAAAGUGAGAGACUCAGUGUCAAAGUUCUCUGCUAUGUGGGGUAGUUUCCUGACAUAUAUUAAAGAUGGGGAUCAGUAGAAAAUAAGUUGUGAUAAUAAUUGAUCUAUAUGAUAAUGUGUGAUAUUGUGUAUUAUGGUUUGUGUUGGGGGAGAGGGGGAAGAGAGAGAACCUGUUGUGCGGCUAUGUUGUGUAUGUUUUUUUGUUUGUUUGUUUUUUUGUUGUUGUUGUUGUGUGAUAAUGUAGUGUGUAAGGAUGUACUUGAUAUCAUGUAUUACAGAAUUGGUUUAAAUACCUAGAGUGUAACUGUUAUUUUGCACUAUGUUUGAAAAUAAAAAAAUGGGAAUUACAAAAAAAAAGAAAUACAGAAAACCAAAGGAAAGCAGUGUAAACACCUUAACUACACAAGGGAAUAAAAAAUAAAGAAUUUCAAAAAUGCAUACAUUCUUUUGACAGCACACACACUAUGUGUAAUCUUUCACACCAAAUGCCCGGCCCCUAGGAACUAUGAAGACACGCCUCCACUGAAUGCUUCAAGUAAUUUUUAGGGAAUAUGUGAGGUUCAGACCUGGUGCGCAUGGUGGAACGUCAUACCCACCUGAAAAUCCAGAGAAGUGACACUCAGCUGUGUUGCUGCAGCAGUGACAAAAUGGCAGAGGCGACGGCUCCGUUUGCUCAGAACACAUCAUCAGGGCUAAAUUUAAUCGCGUCACUCCAAGAUUCUUUAACAGAUGGACUGGACUCUGUGGAGGAGCUAGCGUCCCUCUCUUUUCCCAUUCAACCUCCAUCUCUCUCUGCAGUGCAGGAGCUGGUUUACUGGCGUGAGCCCAAGAAGUCGGCCACAGUGUUCAGCAGCUCUCUGCUGGUGCUUUUUGCCCUGGCCACGUGCAGUGCCAUCACCGUCGUGUCCUAUGUGCUCCUGGCUGUGCUCUGUGUCACAAUCACAUUCCGCGUGUACAAGUCGGUCAUACAGGCCAUACAGAAAUCUGAUGAAGGACACCCAUUCAAAAAUCUGAUGGCAAGAGACAUCAGUAUUUCACCACAGAAGUUCCGGAGGCAUGUGGACUAUGCCUUGACCCAUAUUAACCGAGGCAUUUUAGAGGCUAGGAGAUUGCUCCUGGUGGAGGAUGUGGUGGAUUCACUAAAAUUGGCUGGUGUGAUGUGGCUGUUGACGUUUGUGGGAGCUGUCUUCAAUGGUAUCACUAUCUUAAUUCUAGCAGACAUCAUUUUCUUUAGCACACCUCUAGUGUACGAGAAAAAUAAAACACAAAUUGAUCGUUACAUUGAACUUGUUCGCUCUCAAAUUCAAAGCAAGCUGGCAAAGUUGCAAGAUAAACUCCCGGGAGCUGUGAAACGCAGUAAAGCAGAGUGAUCUGCUAUUGCAUCCCAAAGACCAGUGUUCUCUGCCAGAUCCAAACGGCAUUUUUAGCCUGACUUUGAUAGGACCAAAAUGUUUUAUAAACACCGCUACUGCAAAUAUUGCCAAGGCUGUUGUAAUGUUUUAUUUAAACCACAUAUUUGAUAAACCUUUUGAAUCAUUACUCUUUGGGUUAAAUAAAUGUGGCACUUUAAGUCUA